CUGAUCUGCACUCCAUCAGAAUUUUGCUAAAAAAAAUUUAAAACGGGAUUUACAAUGUUUCCUAGCACUGCAUACGGCUCGGGAACGGAUGUCACGCUAACGAUCUGAAGGGGAAGGCGUUUAAGGACAUCCUGAGACUUCCUUCGAGGCUACCUACAGUCGAAGAAAAAGGUUGCAGGUUAAGUUGUAUUGCCUUUCGAAUUUUUUUUAAGAAUUCAAAUCAACUUGCGCUGUUUACCAACACUGUUCGCGGCUUCGGUAUGGAUAUGAGGAUCUGAAUUGCAACUGUAAAAAAUAAUAAGCGUUGAAGGAAGCACAAUUAAACAAGACUCCGCGAUGCCAGGCCAGAGGCGUGUCCUGGACUUUGGCGACGGCACGGAGCCCAUACAUUUGGACUAUCCGGACACCCGGAUCUUCUCCAAUUGUUCUAGUUACGGCGAUCGGGUCCCGGGCCUUAGCUGGAACGAGUUCACCGUUCACCACCGCGGCCAGCUGGAGUACCUGCCCAAUCCGCAGCAUGUAAUCAUGGAGGCACUCUACGAGGCGGUGGACGGGGCCGAGUUUUAUCCUGUGCAUUAUCAGCGUGGAACUCGGGAGGACACCUUCCUUGCCCGCAACUGCAAACAGGCCAUUGACAAUCUUUUCAAGUUGUCCCUAACCAUCAGCGUGAGCACCGGCGCCUCGAUUCCGAUCGGAGUGCAGCUUGCGGUGGCCGAGUCCAACAUGAGACAAAUAUCACCGCAUUUUCUCAUCGCCAGCGUACUGGAUAAUUUGCUGAAGCGACUGGAGCAGCAGAACGGAGUGGACGGACUUCUCAAUCUGGACAACUUUGGGGCCUUACCGGAGUUCCGUAACGUUGUGGUGAGUCUGGGCAAUCCAGCCAUUCUGAUGAACGUGUGCCAGGUGAUCCGCAACGAUCCCGCCUGUAGUCGAGUAAAUGGGUUCAUUAUGACGAACAAUCAAAUACGCGAAGUACGACAUCUGAGCCUCCUCUCGAACGUGGACUACGCUCUGCUUGACCUGAGCGGCAAUAAGAUCAGAUCGGCGGAGCGCUUGUGCCGAGACUUGGCGCAGUUUCGGGCCAGAGAACUACGCCUGGAUCGCAAUCCCAUUGCCAGGAGCAGUAAAUUUCCGGGCAGCAUUAAGUCGCUGGAAAAGAACUUUCGAAUGGUGAAUGGACUGCCAUUUAACAAGUUGCACAAGGCCUAUUCCCCGCUAGACGGCGAGAUCGAUCUGGACGCGGAUGGAACUCGAAUUGACGAAAUGAACGCGUUCCAGCUGUCUCAGUUCGAGCAUAGCCAACAAUGGCAUGCCUUUCUGGUCCCAGAUCCCCAUCACGAGUUCCAGCAGGAGUCGUUUUUUAAUAUGUUUUUCAUUUACGUGGAUCCCAACUUGAGCGAAUUCUAUCCCUGCUACUACAAGUACGAUCGUGGUGAGCACAUCUUUCUCGUUUGCAACUGCUACGAUCAGAUUGCCAACCUGGUGAACAAUUUCAAGCUCCAGAUGGAGAUACCAGCGAUGCCGAUGUAUCCCGAGAAGCGAAUUUUUAGCUACUACCUGCGCAUGAACGUGAGCACCUUCAAGAAACAACACGUUGUGCCGGAGGAGUGUAUCAGAAAAGCGGUGGAACGUAGAUAUGCCGCCCAAAACCGGCUGCUCGAUCUCGAUCAGUUUCAGUCUAGCGAGAGCCUCCGAAACGUGGUUGUGCACCUCAGCUCGCCAAAAAUUCUGACCAACGUUUUGAUAGUGGCCUCGAAGCAGUUUAUGGCGAACUGCUCGGAGAUCCGGCUAUGCAAUAACAAGAUAUUGACUGUGCAGAAAGCUCAUGUCCUGCGACGGAUGGGCAACCUGCGAGCCGUGGAUCUUAGCCACAACUGGCUCCACGAGCUAUCCGCUAUCGAAUCCCUAGGCGAAUUGCCGCUGAAAUCUUUGGUUCUUCACGGGAAUCCACUCUGUCGCAACUACUGCCUGGCCAGUGAAUAUGUUCGUGCGGUUACGCAGAUGUUUCCUCAGUUAACAACGUUAGAUGGCGUGGAUCUGCAAACGAAUCCGGGCCAGGCGCCGCAGAAGGACUUUCUCUGCGAUAUCGCCGCCUACGAAUUGGUCGGCGACGUCUUUCUCAGAGACUAUCUGCGCGAGUUCGAGUGCCCGGAGGAGCGGGCCAAUCUGCUUAAAUACUAUUCAGACGACUCGCUCUUCACAAUGACCAGCAGCUACACGAUGCCCCGCAGCUACUUAAAUGGUCACCUCAUUCGUCGCAUCUCCAAAUACAGCACACAUUCCCGAAAUUUGCUCAAUCGCGACAUUUCGCGGGCGGCCAAUGGAGUUCAUGUGGGCACCGCGGAGAUCAUGGACGUCCUGAUGCAGCUGCCAAAGGUCACACACGAUUUCCACUCCCUACAAACGGACGUGAUGCACUACGAUGGCAAGUCGGCGGUCAUCAAUGUAACCGGUCUGCUCCGUGACGAGUCACCAGUCACCCGAGAUAACAGCGACUUCUUUUUAGCCUUUAGCCGGCAGUUUGUGAUUAAGAUUGAGGGCGAGGGCCUGGGCAUUAGCAAGGGGGCACACCGCAUUCGGAUCACCAACGAACGUUUUAACAUCAUGAAUCCCAGCAGCAAAAUGAUCAGGUCCGCCUUCAAAGUUAACUAUCCGGAUCACAGAGAACGUUCGUUAGAAGAGGACUCUGUCGAUGCCAAGGAUUACAAGCUGCUAAUGUUCCAAGAUAUAACCGGACUUAUUUCCACCUGGUGCACAUCGAUUGUGGAGCAAGCGGACUGGGACUUGGAGAGGGCCUUGAAGUUGUUUAUCGAAAAGACUGCGGCCAACGAGAUACCGGACCAAGCCAUCGCCUAGGCCAAGCGGGCCUUGAAUUCUCUAAUUAAUGGGCCAAAGAACAAAACUAAUUAGUUCAAUAUUUUAAAAACAAAACCUACAAAUUUGUGCUAUUUAGGGAAUAAUUAAACAUAUGCCGUUGCGGACGGCUUUUAAGUUUUA